ACUAUGGCCAGUGUUGUAGGCAUAUUUAAAAUGGUGGUUCUUCCCCUCUUGGGUCAGCUAGCAGAUGAAUAUGGGCGUAAACCACUGCUUCUGAUUACUGUUUCUACAUCCAUAGUGCCAUUUGCCAUACUUGCUUGGGAUGAUUCCAGGGCAGCUGUUUACUGGUACUUUGUACUUCGCACAAUAUCCUACAUAGUUAGUCAAGGAAGCAUAUUAUGCAUAUCGAUUGCUUAUGCAGCUGAUGUGAUUGAGGUCGGCAAGAGAUCUGCAGCAUUUGGUUGGAUUACUGGGCUUUUCUCUGCUGCACAUGUUUUGGGAAACAUCUUCGCCCGCUUUCUACCUGAAGGGUGGAUAUUUGAGGUGUCAAUUUGUUUGUUGGUUUCAUCAACACUGUGCAUGACAGUAUUUCUAAUUGAGACUGUCAGGACAACUCCUAGGCAAAGUGAUAACAGAUCAUGUUCAGCCAUUUUUCUCAAAGUCUUCAUAGAACGUUGGAAAUCAAUGAAAGAUAUUAUUUUUGUUUUUUGUAAUAGUGAAACUCUCAGGCGCAUCUCAUUAAUCUCCUUCUUCUAUAAGCUGGGAAUGUCUGGCAUCAGUGGUAUCUUGCUGAAUAACAAAGGCAUUUCGUGUAUGAUCCAUAGUAAUUGA